UUCCCGUUUGCAACAAUUUCCGUUCUCUCCCAUGUCGGAGACACGUAUUUCAGAAGCAGGGUACCCAGCGGACGCACAGUGCGUCAAGGAAUGUUGUUACAAGAGCUGCAGCACUUCCAGAUCUUGAAGAGCGGCUGUCCCGCUACGAGUGGGACCAGAUGCGUUUGCCCGAUCUGACAGGGAAAACGGUGAUUGUAACUGGAGGCAAUUCAGGCAUUGGUUUCGCAAGCUGCUUGGCGUUGGCAAAGCAGAACGCUAACGUGAUUCUUGCGUCAAGAGAUCGACAAAGAGGUGAAACUGCUGCGCAAGAAAUCAAUGACUCCCUCGGAAAGAGCAACGUCACAACCAUGCAGCUGGACGUAGCUCAGUUUGCCAGCAUCCGCAAGUUUGUUGAUGAGUUUUUGGCACGCAACGAGCCGCUGCACAUACUCAUCAACAACGCAGGCAUCCAUCUGCCUGGAGGCUGGAGUGAGUCACCAGAGCAGGACGGCCAACGCACGCCAGAAGGCUUCGAGGUGACGCUGGGCACAAAUUACUUUGGGCCUCUGAUGCUGACUCAGCUGCUGCUGCCAAAGCUCAAGGAGAGUGCUCCUGCGCGCAUUGUCAACCUUGGCAGCCCUGGAGAGCAGUUCAGCGGUGGAGUCUACUGGGACGACCUUAAGGGUGAGAAAAAGACAAAGAGUGACAUGAACGUGUACGGUACCAGCAAGAUCUAUCUGAUCAUGGCCUCCAAAGCCCUCAACGAGCGGCUCAAGGGAACUGGCGUGGAGGUGUUUGCUGCACACCCAGGGAUCACAAAUGCGCCGCUGUAUGCCAAAACGGACAAGUCGAAGCCGAUGGGAGCCUCUGUGGCACUCUCAAAUGCAAUUGGUGGCCAGCCGACGGAGCGAGGAACCAGCCCCAUACUGUAUGCAGCUGCAGCAAAAGAGCUCGACGGCAAGGGUGGUGCAUUUAUUGGCGGGCCUACCGGACCGCUACUGCCCUUCAGCAACUUGGACCAGUUCAAAGACCGCCCGACCUUCACAGAGGAGGGCAAGCAUCUGGAGGACUGCCUCCGUCUCUACGACGAAACCCUGAAGAUUAUCAACGCCUAAACUUUUGGUCUGGGGAGUAUGGAUUAGGCUUUGGGGUUUGAACGGAAAUGAUUUUUUCGCACCCGUGCAUAGUGUGAUGUUGCGUGAUGACAUGGAGUGGCAGAAAAAAGCUCGCCUGAAUUUUCUGCUUCUGAGUAUAGCAGUAGGCAGACUCCGUUUGCGCGGUGCAGCGUGCAGAUCAUUUCUGGAAUAUGUUUUGAUGGUGUCAGUUUACUCUGGUUAGGGCACAUAAGAUCAAGGAAUCAACACAAUUCGCAUGAGAGCAGAUUAAUGCUAGGGGCAUUCAUAUCGCUGUGAUGAGAUGCAAAGGUAAAUGCAAAAAAGAUGAU